UGAACUUUCAAAGGCAGUUUUAAAAAAGUAUGAAGAUUAAGUGAGAUAAUGACUGAAACCUAUAGAUUACAUUAAGAUUAGAAUAAAGGAAAAUCCUGUAUUCAUUCAAGUAAAUCCUACUGGUGAAGAGAGAAUGAAAAAACUUUAAUAAUAUUGCAGAAGGCAUAUAUAGUAGAACUAUGGUUAAGUGUAUUUUUAGGACAUGGAAGGUAAAGAGUAGGUAAUGAAAAAGAAGAUGCUUUUAGAAGGAUAUUAGGAAGAAUAUCCAGGAUUAGAUUUUUUAAGAACAUACAUAAAUGGAAUGGUACUGAAUGCUUGAAUGUUUAUGGGAG